ACUACCGUCUUUUGCCACCAUUGCAAACGCCGGGCAGCCGAACUUUUUUAACUUUUUUUUCCUCACACACAUGGAAUUAUGCUUUUAAUUAUUCAAUUAAGCCUUGAAAAAUGGCCUGCAAUUAGUUAUGUAAUCGGAAAGUGCAAGAACAAAGCCAUUUCCAGUCGCUCGUCGGUUGGCAGCCCUAACUUAUGCCUGCGAUGCAUGUGAAUGGCAAUUGGAAAGAAGCAGAAAAUGGCGGCAAAAUUUUACUAGAGUUUCUCUGUUUUUCGAGGUUUUUGUGACGAUUUCUGUUGCUCCAGUUGUUAACCAUGGCAUCCUUAUUUGGCGAUGAUGGUGUGGACGACCUAUUUAACGACAACCUGCCAAUGGACCAGGAUCAGCUUCCCAGCGAUGGCGAGGGCGAGAAGCUCUUUGCCGACGACGAGGACAACAAUGAUAAUGCUGAAGAGAACGGAGAAGAGAAGGGCGAGAAAGUGGAGCCUAAGAAGCGAGCGGUUCGGAAUCCUCGGCCCCGUCUCACCGUGGAAACACUGCGUGGUCCCCGCGGCAUUCAGACCAUUGAGGAGUACUAUAAAGACAUCAAGUUCAGGGGUCGAGGACAUGAAAAAACUGAUCUGGACGAGAUCCUCCGUCGUCUACAGCAUUGGGGGCAUCGGAUGUAUCCCACCUACACCUUUGACGAUGUGCUGAACAACAUAGAGCGCCUGGGCAAAAAGAAGCCGCUGCAAGUGCACAUGACGCGCUAUCGUUUGGGUCAUCUGGAGGAUAUGCGAGCCCACGAGGCGGAGGCCAUGGAGGAAGCCCAGGACGACCAGCUGAAUGGCGGUGCCGGUGACGAGCCCUUCGAUGAGUUUGAUGCCCUGCUGGGCGAACAGAUAGCCAUGUCCAAGCUGGCUCCACCGCGCACUCCCCAUCAGAGGAGCAUGUCCACGGCCUCUAGCUGUGGCACUAACAGCACUUUGGUCACUCCCUCCUUCUCUCGCGGCAAUGCUGUCAUGUCCACGCCUUACUCCGCCGCUGGAAAUGCUGCUCCCACCUUUGACCGAAACGGAGCUCCCUUGGGUUCAGCUCGGUUGUCCUCCUUGGACAUCAGCGAUUAUGGCCAGCCACUGCCGCCUUCGCAGCCUCCAACGCCCUCGGCCAAGAAACUAUCCAACGAACAGAUGGCCAGGAUUGCAGAGAACAGGCGGCUGGCACAAGAGAGACUGAAGGCUAAGAAGCAGCAGCAGGAAAAUGUCAGCUAAGAAACGCAAAAUAAAUAUAUAGCAUUUAAGAUAUUUUAUAGUAAAGGGAAAGAUAAAAGAUAAUUCAAAAAUGUACAUAAGAUUUGAAUAUAGUAGCUUUGGUAUUUGAAA